AUGCAGUCACUCGCAGCUAUGACGCCAAGCUACCUCUCGACCGCGCUCCAGUCCCGCUACACACGUGUGCCUGUCACCGGAACACAGCCAGCGCAGACCCCUCGCACACCAACUUCACUCUCAGACGUAAUGGCGACCAUUCGCCGUCUCUCCUAUGCGGACCGGCUGCAUCUCCAUAUCGGUGCGCCUCUUCAUGUCGAAGACGUCUCUGCAAGCGUGGAAGGCAGCCAGAAGCUCACCGCUCUCUUCCAAACGCUUCGUCAGCGACCCAUCGGCAGCGCCUCGAACACGGCUCGUCAUAUGAGGGGCGUGCUCUUGAGCAAGGACGGCGGCCGCCGUGGCGGAGAAAACGGCAAAGGCGAGGAGGAGGAGGUGGCGGAUGAGGGGGAGGAUAAGCCCGAGGACUGGAUUGUGCCACGCACAUGCCUCUUUGUGCUCAUCAUGAUCGCCAUCACGGUGGUGUUGUAUCAACUGGCGCGGCCGAGCGGCACCCAUACGGGAUGGGCCUCGUUGAACAAGCGCGCUGGUGAGAUCAAGGAGGCAGUGCUGUACGAGAACUACCUGCAGGUGUACAUGGACGACGCCAAGGUGUACUUGGGGCUUGUGAACGACCACGACACGCAGAGUCACAUGGACGAGCUGGCGGAUAACUACCGCGCCGCUCGGCAGCAGGUCUGGAAGUCGGAGCAUCAGCAGAGCGAGAAAACGACCCCCGCAGACGGUGAAAAGCACGAGCAUGGUAGCAAGCUGCCCACGGCCGCCGACAAGCCCGCGGAGCUGGAGUUGACCAUGAAGGGGCGCCCUUUUUCCGAGACGGCACUCAUCGGCGUCGGCGCGUUUGCCUGGGUUGUGCCCUUUAUCUUCUUUCCGGUGUUUGUCAUGUUCCUUUCUCAGUAUAUUGGCAAGUCGAUGAGCUACGCGGUGGAGGCGACGAAGGGGAAGACGAAGGCGAAGGAGAUGAUCUUCCGCGUCGAGACGGCGUCGAACACGCGCUUCCGCGACAUUGCAGGGAUGAAGGAGCCAAAGAAGGAGAUCACCGAGAUUGUGGACUUCCUGCGCCACCCGGAGCGGUACACAAAGCUCGGUGCCAAGAUCCCGACCGGCGCCAUCCUGCUCGGGCCCCCCGGCACUGGAAAGACGCUACUCGCGAAAGCUGUGGCGGGAGAGAGCGGGGUCGGCUUCAUCCCGGCGAUCGGCUCUGACUUCGUUGAGCUCUACGUGGGCAUGGGUGCACUGCGGGUGCGGCAGCUGUUCAAGGAGGCGCGCAAGCAGCGCUGCAUCAUCUACAUUGACGAAAUUGAUGCAAUAGGCCUGAAGCGGCAAGGAGCCGGCCACGGCGAAAAGCAAGAGCAGGAGCAGACCCUAAACGAGCUACUCACUCAGCUGGACGGUUUCAGCACCGGGCGACGCGGCGAUGUGAUGGUGCUCGCCUCCAGCAACGUGGCGCAGGAGGCGCUGGACCCGGCCCUCAUCCGCCCCGGCCGGUUUGACCGCAUCAUCCACGUCGACACACCAGUCAUCUCCGAGCGCAUCGACAUCUUCAAGGUCCACCUCAGCAAACUGAAGCUCACCUCCGACAACACGUGCGGCGACCCUUCUGCGGCGACGACAGCAACGACUGAAGCAGCGGAUGGGGCAGCAGGAGGCGUUGAUGCUCCAACUGCGCCGCCAUUAGCGUCGCCGGCUUCCACGGAGACGAGUCUCGUUCUGUCGCAGGUGAAGACGGAGGAGCACGAGACCGAGGAGGAGCUCAAACGAAAGGAUGACACGAUCGCAGGAGUGUCGACGGAGGCCAAAGGAAUCUCAUCAGACAGCCCCAGCAGCAACAACAGCGCUUACGAGUUCGACUUUCGCUCCCUUCUCAUACAGAAGUCUGAGAGGGAGCGGAGGUUGAUUGAUGCGUACGCGCAGCGCAUGAGCAACCUCUGCCCCGGCUUCGUUGGUGCUGACAUCGCGAAUGUCUGCAACGAAGGUGCCAUCCUCGCCGCGCGGGAGGGGGCCGACCACGUGAACAUCAGCCACCUCGAGCGUUCCAUUGACCGCGUGCUCGCCGGAAUUGAGCACCGCAGCCGUGUGCUCUCGGAUUUCGAAAAGAACGUCGUUGCGCACCACGAGGCGGGUCACGCCGUGGCUGGCUGGUUCCUCCACCGCGCCGAUCCGCUGAUGAAGGUGUCCAUCGUCCCACGCGGCGGAUCGGCGCUGGGCUACGCGCAGUAUCUGCCGAACGAGAACUUUACACGCACGGCGAAAGAGAUUCGCGACUCGAUCAGCGUGACGCUCGGCGGGCGAGCGGCUGAGCAGAUCUUCUUCAACCACCUCUCCACUGGCGCCUCAGACGACCUCCGCAAGGUGGCCAAAAUGGCCUAUCAGUACGUCUCGUCUUUCGCCCCCGGCUCCGUGUAUCCACCGCCUGGCAGCAACAGCACGCGCUUGGUAAAGCCGUUUGGCGUGGACAAGGCGAAUGAUUUUGAUCGGCGUGCGAAAGCCCUCGUGGACGAGGUCUACGCUGACACGCUGGCAUUGCUGACGAAGCACAAGGACGACAUGAAGAAGCUGGCUGACCAUCUUCUGAAACAUGAGCUGCUCACCUACGCGGACGUCGUGCACUACCUCGGCGAGCGCACCACUCGGCAGACCGACAGAAAGAAGGGCGUCUAG